CCGGGCGUGCGGGGGCCGUGGCCCGGCGGGCUGGCUGGGGCUCCGGUAGGCUGGGAAACGCCGUUUGCCCUCCCUCCUGUCUCGUCGCCUGCUCUGCAGCCUGGAGACGCUCCCGGAGCGUGUUUCUGUGACAGUGGCCGUCAGCUCAGUGGGGUUGUGGAGACUUUGAGUAAUCAGCCAAAGCUUGGAGUCCAGAACUAUUUGGAGAAGGCAGCACAGAACCUCAAACCUGUUGUUCCCAUCGAGUUCCACAUCUCCAGCCGGACAGAUGCUGGUGUCCAUGCCCUCUGCAACUCUGCUCACCUCGACAUCCAGAGGGCCCCAGGGAAGCCAGCUUUUACAGAGAAAGAGCUCACCUACAGUCUAAAUCACUACCUGAGGCCUGAGCUGAUCUGCAUUGUGGGUGCCCAGCGAGUGCCCAGCAGCUUCCACAGGAAACCCCUGGAUGUGCCAGCCAUGCAGGAUGCAGCACAGCUCCUGCUGGGAACCCACGACUUCAGCAUUGGCUCCGACACCUCCUUUAAGUCUCCCAUCAGAACCAUCCUCCAGGUGGACAUCCAGCCCUCCCCAGGGCUCCUGGCACACCACUGUAGGGGCCUGGAGUUUUGGGAGGUGAAGUUCAGAGGCACAUCCUUUGUUUACCGCCAGGUCAGAAGAAUGGUGGGGGCUCUGGUUGCAGUUGGCCAGGGGAAGUCACCUCGUCACAUCAAGGAGCUGCUGGAGAGGAGAGAUGCCAGGGCCUUCCCCCGUGCCAUGGCACCACCCUCUGGGCUCUUCCUGCAGUCUGUGGAGUACAACGAGGCAGAUUUGAACACUGCAGUUGCCCCAGGAGAAUAGCAGCUCUGUGAGCUACAGCCAGAUCUGAAAGGACUGUCAUUGGGGG